AUGAAUUCUUCUUCUUUAUUUUUUGUUUCUUCUUCGUCUUCUUCUUCUUCUUCUUCUUCUUCUUCUUCUUUCUUCUUCUUCUUCUUCAGUUUCGUCUUCUUUUCUUCACUUUAUCUUUCCGUCCUCCUCCUCCUCCUUCUUCUUCUUCUUCUUCUGCUUAUUUUCCAUCCGACGUCGUCGUCUUCUUCUUGUUCUUCUUCUUGUUCUUCUUGUUCUUCUUGUUCUUCUUCUUCUUCUUCUUCUUCUUCUUCUUCAGUUGUCUUUUUUUCUUCUCACAAAAAACUCUUACUCAACACCUCCCCUUCUUCUUCAUCCUCCGCCUCUUCCUCCUCCUCCAUCUUCUUCUUCUUCUUCUUCUUCUUCUUCUUCUUCUUCUUCUUCUUCUUCUUCUAUUCUCUCACCCCCCCACUUUUUUUUUUAUUCAUUGUUGAUUUUUACAGAUCCUGUCUCCUUCCUAGAGAUUAUCCACGCUGGCGCCAGUUCAUUUUCUUUCUUUUAUUGGAAUUGUCUGUCGCGUUUUUUUUUCUCUCUGCUUUUUCUUAUGCAUUUUGUUCGGAUUUUGUCUUGGAAGUAAGUUUCUUUUUUUUUUUUUUUUCUCUCUCUCUCUCUUUUCUUCGUCACAUAAAAGAUGGAAGACUCGUCGCCACCGUUCUUUGA